UCUUUAACAUCGAUAAGCAGUUAAGAACAAGAGUUCCUCCAUUCCUCAACAUUCCAUUUAUCAAUUCAUCCAACGUUAUGGCUACCGAUGAGAGAGCUGGGGCUGAAAUUGUAAGAGGAAAAGAAGCUUGUGAGCGAUUUUCGUCGGAGCUGAUGAAAGAGCUGGGAUUUCCUAGUGGUGUCCUUCCCACGGGAGAGCUGGUGGAAUGCGGGAGGGUGCGAUCCACCGGUUUCGUGUGGUGGAAAUGCAAGGCCGCCUAUGAGCAUUUCAAUGUGGCCACCAACACCAAGAACAGCUAUGCUGCUGAGACCACGGCAUAUGUGGAGAAGGGGAGAAUGAAGAAGAUGACUGGUUGCAAGGCUAAGCAGAUGAUGGUGUGGGUUCCCAUAGUGGAAAUGUACAUUGAUGGAAACAAGAUCUCCUUCAAGUCAUCCAUGGGGGUGGGCAAGUCCUUCCCCAUCAUCUCUUUUAUGAAUGAAGAAGAAAAGAAGGCUUAUCUCCAAUAAAAUGGUGCAUCAAAUUAAUCAAUACUCUAGUUUCCUUCCUUCAGUAGUGACUUAUAACCAGGAUCAUUCCCGUACCCUAUCUUUUUUUUUUUUUGGUAAAUUCCCAUACCCUAUCAUAUGUAUUGAGUACCUCUUUUUAUGUGCCUUUGUAUGUUGUAUCCUCACUUCCCGAUAUGCUUUAUUAUAAUCAUUACAAGUACCAUGUUAGAGAAUGUGUCGCACUUA